AGAGUCAGGAACAUCUACCUCCGAUGCGGCCAUUCCAUAACCCUCCCAGAACAAAUCAUUCAAUGCGAGGAGUCUACCUGCAAGUUCAGUAUCUUCCAUCCUGAGAGCUGCAAACCACCGGGUUGUCUGAAGACCUGUUGGCAGUACCGUCGUUAUCCGGAGCAGUAU